GGCAGUAGAUCCACUGGCUUCAUCCCUAACAGACAGAGGCUCUCUCAGUGGGCGUGGUCAGAACGCUGAAGCCCCGCCUCUUGUUGAGCUGUAGGAUAAAACAGAGUGAGCACAGCGAGCACUCAGUUUGAGAACCGUCGUCUCCUCUCUCCUCCUUCACAGGGUUUUGAAUCUUACUCUUCCAACAUGUGGACGCUACUCCCUCUACAGGACGUUCUUGGCAACAGCUCAAAGAAAAAUAUGACAGAAACUCUGGACUGGAAUAAGGUGAAAGAGGGCGUCAGGUACCUUCAGCUGCUCCUGGCCCUGCUCAGUGUUGUCGGUUCCGGUUUAAUCAUCAGCUUUGUGAUGUCACAGAGACUGGGCCGCAAACCUGAGAUGCAACCAUUGCUACUCCUGUGUGUGUCCGACUUCCUGCUCGCCUUCUGCUGGCUGUUAGGAGCAGCCAUCUUUUUCGAGAACAGGGGCAGCAUGAGCACACACUGCUACAACAUGCGAACACUGGAGCAGGCCUUCUAUAUGGCAGCUUUCUUUUUUACCCUCAACUACACCUGGAGCCUCUACAGUGGCAUCACAGAGAAGCUGAAAAGCUGUUUCUAUGGUUACUCUGUACAGUUUUCUAACAGAGUGAGCACAGCAGGAAGAACCACCGCCGUGCUCUCAGGAAUGACUCCUCUGCUGCUCGUGUCUCCUGUCCUCAUCUAUGGAAACAUCAGACAUUGUCAGGCCAACUUCACUCAGCCAAACAGGUGUCUGCUGAUGGAGACUGGAGCUCUGUUUCUGACAUCAGAACAGCAGCAGCCAAUCAGAAGCUGCCGUCUGCUGCACAUCUAUGCAAUCAGCACCUUCUGCAUCACCUUUGUCCUGACUGUGGGCGGAGUCACGGUGUUGGCAGUGAAGGCGUGGCGUCUCCAGCGGCGGCUGGUGACAUCAGCAGGCUACAUGGGCACUGAGCAGAGGGCAUGGCUGCGUGUGAUUGGCUGGAGAAUGCUUCUCUACCCUCUGAUCUUUGUCUUCUGCUGGGGACCAGUGGCAGCAUUAACGUUCCUGGAUGUGCUGAAUCCCACACUGAAUCAGGGAAAAGUGGGCGUCGCCCUCUACAUGUUUCAGACUUUGACCUCGGUCUCUCAUGGUUUCCUCAACUCUCUGGUCUACUGCUGGACUCACCUGUGUCUCCGCCACACCAGCAGGGCGGCGCUGUGCAGAGACAUGGACACUCAGACACCUCUGCUGUCGUCACAGAAGAACCAACCGCAGAAGAGGAGCUACAGGGCUCUGAGCUGAAGCCUAGCCUGCAGAGGGCGAUGGACCCUCCUCUCUGAAAUGGCUGCAGUGCCACUGCUGUCCAGCAGGGGCUGAUGCCCACAGA